GUAGUUAUUACCAGUAAAAGUGGAGAGAUCUUGUAUCGUAUUUCCCCGUGGGCAAAGUAUGUGGCGCGAGAAGGUGAUAAUGUGAAUUAUGAUUGGAUACACUGGGACCCAGCACACGUGUACAAAUUUAAGCAUUCCAGACCAAAGAAGCCAAGAAGUCUAAGAAUUUAUGAAUCUCAUGUGGGCAUUUCUUCCCAUGAAGGAAAAGUAGCUUCUUAUAAACAUUUUACAUGCAAUGUACUACCAAGAAUCAAAGACCUUGGCUACAACUGCAUUCAGUUGAUGGCGAUUAUGGAGCAUGCUUACUAUGCCAGUUUUGGUUACCAGAUCACCAGCUUCUUUGCAGCUUCAAGCCGUUACGGGACGCCUGAAGAGCUGAAGGAGCUGGUGGACACAGCUCAUUCGAUGGGCAUCAUGGUCCUCUUAGACGUGGUGCACAGCCAUGCUUCCAAAAACUCAGAAGACGGGCUGAAUAUGUUUGAUGGGACAGAUUCCUGUUACUUCCAUUCCGGACCAAGAGGGACUCAUGACCUUUGGGACAGCAGACUGUUUGCCUACUCCAGCUGGGAAGUGUUACGAUUCCUUCUGUCAAACAUCAGAUGGUGGUUGGAAGAAUAUGGCUUUGAUGGAUUUCGUUUUGAUGGUGUCACAUCCAUGCUGUACCAUCACCAUGGAAUGGGUCAAGGUUUUUCAGGUGAUUACAGUGAAUAUUUUGGACUACAAGUAGAUGAAGAUGCCUUGACGUACCUUAUGUUGGCAAAUCAUUUGGUUCACACGUUGUAUCCAGAUUCUAUCACCAUCGCUGAGGAUGUGUCAGGAAUGCCUGCUCUCUGCUCUCCAAUCUCCCAAGGAGGCGUUGGUUUUGACUAUCGACUGGCCAUGGCGAUUCCAGAUAAAUGGAUCCAGCUACUUAAAGAGUUUAAAGAUGAAGACUGGAACGUGGGCAACAUAGUAUAUACCCUCACAAACAGACGCCACCUGGAGAAGUGCAUUGCUUAUGCUGAGAGCCAUGACCAGGCUCUGGUUGGUGACAAGACGCUGGCGUUUUGGUUGAUGGAUGCCGAAAUGUACACACACAUGAGCGUCCUGACUCCCUUUACGCCAGUGAUCGAUCGCGGGAUCCAGCUCCAUAAAAUGAUUCGACUCAUCACGCACGCGUUGGGUGGAGAAGGCUACCUCAACUUCAUGGGUAAUGAGUUUGGACAUCCCGAGUGGCUAGACUUCCCAAGGAAAGGAAACAAUGAGAGUUAUCAUUACGCCAGAAGGCAGUUCCAUCUAACGGAUGACGACCUUCUUCGCUACAAGUUCCUAAAUAACUUUGACAGGGAUAUGAAUAGAUUGGAAGAAAAAUGUGGUUGGCUUUCAGCACCCCAGGCCUACGUGAGUGAGAAGCAUGAAGGCAACAAGGUCAUCACCUUCGAGAGGGCGGGCCUGCUCUUCAUCUUCAAUUUCCACCCGAGCAAGAGCUAUGCCGAUUACAGAGUCGGGACGGCACUGCCCGGGAAGUUCAAAAUCGUGCUGGAUUCCGACGCUGCGGAGUACGGAGGCCACCAGAGGCUGGACCACAGCACGGAUUUCUUCUCUGAGGCUUUCGAACAUAAUGGGCGUCCCCAUUCUCUUUUGGUGUACAUUCCGAGCCGAGUGGCCCUCAUCCUGCAAAACGUGGAUCCGCCCAACUGAAGACGCCUGGCCUCCGCCCCGCAGAUUGGACGUGUGUGUGGUGUCCCGGCUAUCACUGUCGCACAGCUUGUAGUGUGUAAGCUUUGCAAAAUGCAGCUGUCUAGCCACAGCGUCAGAUGUUUGAAAUUCACUGUUGACAUAUGCAAGCAUAUCAGACUUUUCUUUAAGAUGGGGGAGCAUGUUUAAAAUGUUGGGGAUUCUAGACCGUGUUUGCAAGUCACCUGAGCAGCUGGGAUUCUCAAAUGGAAGUGUCAAUGUACAAGGGGGACCCGAGAAAAACCAGAAUUAUUUUUUGGAUAGUGGGCCCAGGCUUCCCCUGCUAGGUGAGUGUUCUAGGAACCCAUCGGCAUCAGCGUGCCAGCUAGCAUUUUUGCAGUAGGCUACGUUUGGCUUCAGUGAUUUUUUGUUUUGUUUUUGAGAUUCUUUCAACGCAUUUGCCCAUUUCAGGAUGGGUGAAUUAUGGGUGUACCUGCCCACACGAUGGUGAGUGUUCAGCAGUUUUUGAACAAAAACAGCAUGACCCCAUACCCUCUCUCUUCAGCCUGUCUCACCCCCAGCCAUUUUUGUUUGUUUGCUUCCCUGGAUGAAAUAAGUCCCCAGGGGGAAAUGUUUUGCCAUUGUGGAAGAGGUGGG